AUGUCCUAUUCUAAUGUGGCAGUCCGUUUUUUUACUGCGCCAAAGCCGCUCGGUAAUACGAUGGAUCCUGACGCUAAAUCAUCAGAUCCGUCUGGACACACGGUCAUGAGACCGAAUGUCUCGGCUGAUCGACCUGAAUCCGAAGCUGUGGAGAUGCAUAAGCCGAAGCACCAGGGCUUAACCUUCGCUAAUCAGGAUUCAUUGCCCAAACUUCCUAUUCCUGAUCUGGAGGAUACAUGCCGCCGGCAUUUGGAGGCUCUUGUUGCUUUGCAAACUCCCAGGGAACAUGAGGAUACCAAAGCGGCCGUUAGGGACUUUUUGAAGACCGAUGGACCUGUUCUUCAAGAGAAGUUGAAGAACUAUGCCUCUUCGAAAACGAGCUUUAUUGAGCAAUUUUCUGUCGUCUUAAAUCUUAAUCCGUUCUUCCUGUUGGAGGAUGAUCCAACCCCUGCUCGCAAUAACCAAGUCACUCGUGCUGCAUCCUUGGUUGUUUCAUCCCUGGCAUUUGUACGUGCGGUCCGAAAGGAGGAGCUUCCACCUGACACUGUACGGGGGACACCGCUAUGCAUGUAUCAGUACUCGCGACUCUUCGGAACAGCACGCCUUCCCACCGAAAAUGGCUGCGUCAUCAGCCAAGAUCCAACGGCAAAACACAUCGUCGUAUUGUGCCGGGGCCAAUUCUAUUGGUUUGAUGUCUUGGACGACAAUAGCGAUCUCAUUAUGACUGAACGCGAUAUUGCGCUCAACUUGCAUGUCAUCGUGGACGAUGCAGCCCAGACACCAGUUCAAGAAGCUGCUAAAGGCGCCCUGGGAGUUCUCAGCACAGAGAACCGAAAGGUCUGGUCGGGUCUACGGGAUAUAAUGACCAAGGAUCCUUCUUCGAACAAUGCCGAGUGCCUCAAUAUCGUUGACACCGCAUUAUUCGUGCUCUGUCUCGAUGACACCGAACCUUCAAACACCGGAGAGCUUUGCGCAAACAUGCUGUGCGGUACGAGCGAGGUCAUCAAGGGUGUGCAGGUAGGCACUUGCACAAACCGAUGGUACGACAAGUUGCAGAUCAUCGUCUGCAAAAACGGAAGCGCGGGUAUCAAUUUCGAGCACACAGGCGUUGAUGGACACACUGUUCUGCGAUUUGCCAGCGAUGUCUACACCGACACGAUUCUCCGUUUCGCAAAGACAAUCAACGGUCAAGCCCCAAGUCUCUGGACAACAUCUAGCCCCGAUCCAGCCAAACGUGACCCCCACAGCUUCGGAAACGUCUCUACUACCCCACGCAAGUUAGAAUGGGACAUGAUGCCCGAGCUCAACAUCGCCCUCCGUUUCGCCGAAUCCCACCUCUCGGACCUCCUCCACCAACAUGAGUUCCAAGUUCUCGACUUCGAAGGCUUCGGCAAGAACUUCAUCACAUCCAUGGGCUUCUCCCCAGACGCCUUCGUGCAAAUGGCCUUCCAAGCAGCCUACUACGGCCUCUACGGCCGCGUCGAGAAUACCUAUGAACCUGCGAUGACAAAAGUCUUCCUCCACGGUCGUACAGAAGCUGUUCGCACCGUAACACCCGAAUGUCUAGACUUCGUCCGCACAUUCUGGGGCGACAACCCUGCCGAAAAAAAGAUUGAUGCCCUCCGCACCGCGACUCAGCGUCACACAGCUAUCACAAAAGACUGUUCCAAGGGCCAAGGGCAAGACCGCCACUUAUACGCAUUGUACUGUCUGUGGCAACGCUCCUUCGAUGACGGUCUCUUCCACGACAACAGCUCCGUCGAAUACUCCAGCCCAAGCGAGAAUCUAGAAUCACCUAAACUCUCCGCGGUCUCGGACGACGGUUUGUCUUCCCCUGCCAGCGGCAGUAGCCGCGGCUACAGAUCCGCUUCUCUACCCACACCAGCGAUCUUCAGCGAUGCAGGCUGGGAUAAGAUCAACAAUACCAUCCUGUCCACGUCUAACUGCGGAAACCCUUGUCUGCGCCAUUUCGGCUUCGGCCCCACAUCCGCCGACGGGUUCGGAAUUGGGUACAUUAUCAAAGAUGAAACUAUUUCCUUCUGUGCGUCUUCGAAACACAGGCAAACAGCCCGUCUAAUGCAGACACUCGAAUCAUACCUAUUCGAGAUUCGAAAACUUCUCCGCGCUGCAAACCGCAAAACGACUAGUCCCCGGACGAGCCGUGCCCGUGAGACAGAGGCACUAGCCGAACGCUUCCAAUCUGAUUCCCAGCGCCGAGGUAGAAUAGUAUAUGGCGAAAACCGUGGUGCCGAUACGCCUGCCACGACGACUGAUAGUGCUGAAAUGGAUGAUGAUGGAAUGGGCGGAUAUGGAUUCUUUGAUGCUGGAAUGCUGCUUCAUGCGCUUAAAGGUGUAAGUGCUGAGCGGGAUCAUAGGGCUACGCCUGAGAAAAGGAGACGCGUACCCCAGACGGGACUGCGCUGGGCCCGGGGCUUUUCGACAUCCCCGCGCCAUGCCAAAUAUGCAGAUACCCUUCCUAACCUCAAGAUCGGAGCUCAUACGAGAGUCUUGUUCCAAGGAUUUACGGGACGACAGGCGACCGCCAAUGUCAAGGAGUCGCUGGAAUGGGGCACCAAGAUUGUGGGCGGCGUGAAGCCUGGAGUUGAAGGUGAACAUCUGGGCCUUCCCAUAUUUCCCUCUGUAAAGGCGGCUCAAGCAAGAGCAAAGCCCGAUGCAUCUGCGAUUUAUGUUCCGGGAAACCAGACUGCAAAGGCCAUUGAAGAGGCCAUUGAAGCAGAGAUCCCAUUGGUAGUGGCUGUAGCUGAACAUGUUCCUAUUCAUGACAUUCUACGGAUUCAUUCUAUGCUGCAAACCCAGUCCAAGACGCGUCUUGUCGGUGCAAACUGCCCGGGUAUUAUAUCAGCCAUUGGCAAGUGCCGUAUCGGUUUCCAGCCCUUACCUUGUUUUGCUCCCGGUAAUAUCGGCAUUGUGGCCAAGUCGGGCACUCUAAGCUAUGAGACAGUUGCCUCGACUACCCGUGCUGGACUGGGUCAGAGUCUCUGUAUUAGCAUGGGCGGUGAUGUGCUAGCUGGUACCAACUUUGUGGACGCCCUCAAGAUCUUCGAGCAUGAUUCUGAUACCGAGGGAAUUAUUCUUGUUGGUGAGAUUGGUGGCACCGCUGAGAUGGAUGCGGCGGAAUGGAUUAAGGACUACCGACAGCGGACUGCCAACCCGAAGCCCAUUAUGGCUCUCGUUGGUGGCUUGGAAGCACCUCCAGGUCGGAUUAUGGGACACGCAGGUGCCUGGUGUGCGCCUGGAGAGCCGGAUGCGCAGACCAAGUAUCAGGCACUGGAACGUGCUGGUGCUGUCAUGGUCAACCACCCAGAGAAGUUUGGCGAGGGCAUGAAGACUCUUUUGGGUACUGGAGUGAGCAGACCCGGUACACAAUCCUUUUCAGCCACUGGGGCUCAACGGCGCGGCUUCCAUACAAUGAGACGUGUCAGUCCGAUCGCGAGGCCGGCUCAGCAAAAGCGCAACCUCUACGUUAAGCAAUUCCAGGCAUUUGAUAUUCUAAAGCAGAAAUAUAUUCCUGUCAACGAGCAAACGUCGCCCUCUGACGUGUCUGUGUCCAUCUCGGUUGACCGUACUUCUUUGUCGCCGUGCAUUGUCGCUUCACCCAAUGCAGAGUUCAGCCAUACCCAAUCCCGCAAGUUUCCAUUCAGCUACACCGAGACCAACUUGGAGAAUAGCUCACUUGUCUCCGCCGUGGCUUCAUAUGUCGGCCUUCCCGAAUCAUCACACGGCAUGCUCGCAAGCCUGGUUCAAGCCCUAUGGAACAUCUUCAAGGAGAAAGAGGCCUUCGUGCUGGAGACCCGAGUUGGAACCUCUGCCGAUGGAAUCUUGGAAGUGCGUGGCGCAAGGUUUGGUUUCGAUGACGCCGCAUUCCGAAGCUCAGGGCGCCAGGAAGAGAUCCAUUCCUUGCGGAACACUGCCGAGGAAGUCGCCGAGGAGGUUGAAGCUGAGAAGGACGGAAUUGUUUAUGUCAAGCUGGAAGGAGAAGGUAGCAUUGGUACACUCGUGAACGGGGCGGGACUUGCCAUGAAUACGGUCGAUGCCCUCAGUAUUCACGGUGGCCACUGUGCCAAUUUCCUUGACACUGGCGGCAAGGCUACUUCCGAGACGGUCAAGUCGUCAUUUCGAAUUAUCUGUUCCGACCCCCGCGUGAAUGCAGUCUUCGUCAACAUCUUCGGUGGCUUGACACGAUGCGACAUGAUUGCCGAGGGGAUCAUCUUAGCAUUCCGGGACUUGAACAUGCAAGUGCCUGUUGUGGUGCGACUGCGUGGAACAAACGAGGAGCUUGGGCAGAAGAUGAUUGCCGAGAGUGGGCUUCCUCUCCAUGCUUUUGAUGGAUUUGAAGAAGCAGCGAAAAAGGUCAUCGCCCUUGCUCAGAAAUAA